GAUUGGGCUGCUGAGCUACACCCUUUGGUGCAGUCCCUGCCUAUAAAUUCUGGUGCCCUCCCGCACCAGCAGCUGCAAGGAGAUGGCUGCCACCAUGAUCUUGUCUUGGAUGGUGAUGAUAAGUCUUCAGAUCCAGGUGGAUGCAGCUUGGACUACAAGAGAUGCUGUUCCAGAAUGGCUUAUAACACCAGGGCUGUCACUGAGGCUGAGUGGUGGGCCCGACCGCUGCGCAGGCAACGUGGAGAUCCUGUACUACGGAGACUGGGAGAAGGUGUGUGGACACCUGUGGAACAUGGAAGAUGCUGAGGUUGUGUGCAGGCAGCUUGGCUGCGGAUCACCCCUCGGGGUGAUGCACAGUUUCCCUUCGAGUGACUCAUACCCGUACGUGAUCACGGAGGUGAAUUGUGCAGGCUAUGAAGAGUAUUUGUGGGAGUGCCCCUACAGCUACCAGUACUACGUCUGUCAUCAUGGAGAUGCUUCUGUCAUAUGCUCAGACUCAGGACUAACAGUGCCUCCACCAGCAGUGACAGCUAUUUCCAGCGUGAUGCCCCCCGUGCCAUGGACUGCAGGGCCAGGCUCCUGUGGUGGCUUACUGCAGGCUUUGUGGGGCUCCAUCCAGAGCCCGGGCUACCCCAACUCCUACCCCAACAACGCCCGCUGCGUGUGGCGCAUUCAGCUGCGGGACCCGGCCCUCAGAGUGGAGCUCCAGUUUUUGGAUGUGCAGCUGGAAGGCGACAGCUGCUCCUACGAUGCCAUCGAGGUGUUCGACGGCGGCUCCCCCGGGGGGCGGCUCCUCGGCACUGUUUGCACCAACGACUCUCGAGUCUUCACAUCCUCCGGCCACCAGCUCACCAUCCUGUUCCGCAGUGACUACAGCAUCGCCCGCAGAGGUUUCCAGGCCUACUACUCCUCAUUUCUUGCCUUCAACAGCACCACAGCACCAGGUACUUCCAAAUGGACAACCACCGUGACAUCACCCUCAGAAGAUUAUUCUUGUGGUGGCCUGCUUUCCUCUUCAUCUGGUACAUUACAGAGCCCAUUUUACCCCAGAAAUUAUCCAAACAAUGCCAACUGUGUGUGGGAAAUUGAAGUGAAGAGCAACUUCCGUGUCCUGCUUAGAUUUGGAGAUAUUCAGAUGGAAGGUGGCAGAUGCCUCUCUGACUACAUAGAAGUCUAUGACGGGCCCCUGCACACCUCUCCUCUCCUUGGGAAGUUCUGUUCUGGUUAUUAUCGCACAUACACGUCCUCCUCAAACCUCAUGACCGUCCGAUUUCACAGCAACUCUCGAUACACGUACAGAGGGUUUCAGGCCAACUAUUACUCCACUCCAGCAGAUGACAGCACAACACUGCUGUGUCUGCCAGACUACAUGCACGUGGUUGUGAGCAGAUACUUCCUUCAGUCCCACGGCUACUCUGUUUGGAAUCUCACCCUGAAUGACCCCUUUUGCACGCCCAACAUCUCCUCAGAGUCUGUUGCCUUCGACAUUCCCUACACGCGCUGUGGCACAGUCAGAGAGGGAAACAACAAUACAAUCAGCUACUCCAACGUUAUUAAAGGGUCCUCUUCUGAUACUGUAAUCACAAGAAACAGAAAUCUCCACCUGCAUGUCAACUGCAAGAUGCUCCAGGACACGUGGGCACAGACGAUGUACGUCGCGGACAACAAUUUUGAAGUCAACGAAACUCAGUACAGCAGAUAUGACGUAAACCUUACGUUUUAUGACUCUUCAUCCUUCUCACGGCCAGUGUACGACUCACCAUACUACGUCCAUAUCAACCAGAAUUUGUUCCUUCAAGCCUACCUGCACAGCUCUGAUCCAAACCUGGUGCUGUUUCUGGACACGUGUGUGGCAUCUCCAUCUCCCCACAACUCUACGGCAGAAACCUAUGACAUCAUCCGGAAUGGGUGUGUUCGAGAUUCUACCUAUGCUACAUAUUAUUCACCUCGCAGAAACAUCCUGAGGUUUAAAUUCAAGGCCUUCCAGUUUGUUUGGAGCAAUCCAGAGGUUUACCUGCGCUGUGAACUGGCGGUGUGCAGGGCCUCUGACUACUUUUCCAGGUGCUACCAAGGCUGCAUUAACAGGUCCAAGAGAGAGGCAACCUCUGGCCAAGAAAGCGUGAUUGUUAUUGCUGGCCCAAUACAGCUUUGGGAACGUGAUAAUGAGAAUAGGAAUGAACUUGGAUCUAAGCCCAUCAGCCUCACCGUGGUGCCAGGGAAGGUUAUGGAGCAGAUCAUCCCUAGUGCCAUCGUGCAGCAUGUCCAGGACAACCAGGGAGUCAGCACUGCAUACCCCACAACCCCAACCGAAGGGACAACCCUACCAUGGUUCACCACCACCAUUCCCCCAGGUGCCACUGUGAGCCUGGUGGACGGCAGGAACCGGUGUGAGGGGCGCGUAGAAAUUUCCUUCCCGGGGGGCCGGGGCACCGUCUGCGAUGACGGCUGGGACCUGAGGGACGCCCAGGUUGUGUGCAGGCAGCUGGGAUGUGGCUCUGCUGUUUCUGCACCAUCAAACAGUGCCUUUGGGCCAGGCAGUGGCGAGAUCUACCUGGACGAUGUGAACUGUGCAGGCUGGGAGUCCUCCCUCUUCCAGUGCAGCCACAACGGCUGGGGCGUCCACAACUGUCGCCACAGUGAAGAUGCCGGUGUUGUUUGCUCAGAUGCCACAACCAUGGACACCCCUCGCCCUCCAACAACUAUUCCAGCAUACCCCACAACCCCAACCGAAGGGACAACCCUACCAUGGUUCACCACCACCAUUCCCCCAGGUGCCACUGUGAGCCUGGUGGACGGCAGGAACCGCUGUGAGGGGCGCGUAGAAAUUUCCUUCCCGGGGGGCCGGGGCACCGUCUGCGAUGACGGCUGGGACCUGAGGGACGCCCAGGUUGUGUGCAGGCAGCUGGGAUGUGGCUCUGCUGUUUCUGCACCAUCAAACAGUGCCUUUGGGCCAGGCAGUGGCGAGAUCUACCUGGACGAUGUGAACUGUGCAGGCUGGGAGUCCUCCCUCUUCCAGUGCAGCCACAACGGCUGGGGCGUCCACAACUGUCGCCACAGUGAAGAUGCCGGUGUUGUUUGCUCAGGUACCUUGGCUUUUCCUCCACACCUACCAGCACUCUUUCCACAAUGCCGCAACCAAGGCCUACAGAACAGGUACUACAGAUACCACAACAGGCUACAUAUGGGACACUUGGACGACACAUGCCGCAACCAUGGGCACCCCUCGCCCUCCAACAACUAUUCCAGAUACCACAACAGGCUACAUAUGGGACACUUGGACGACACAUGCCGCAACCAUGGGCACCCCUCGCCCUCCAACAACUAUUCCAGGUUGCAAGGUGGAUGCCUGUAUGACUAUAUUGAGAUCUAUGAUGGGCCACCCAAUACUUCAUCUCUACUUGGAGGAAUUUGUUCUACUUCUAAAAUUACGUACAGGUCAUCCUCAAACUUCAUGGCUGUCAAGUUUUACAGUGACUCCAGAUAUUCCAAUGGAAGGUUUCGGGCUCAGUAUCAGUCCUUCCCAGCAGACCAGAAUGCCACCCUUGCGUGCUACCCCACCUCCAUGCGAGCAGUUGUAGACAGACACUAUCUCCAGUCACAGGGCUACCUAGUCAGUAGCAUCAGCUUGCCUGACUCCAACUGCAGACCAACAAUUACAUCAACGGCGGUGAUAUUCAACAUUCCCUACAACGGCUGCGGCACGCACAGACAGAGCGACAACGAAACCAUCACCUACUCCAACGUGAUAAAAGCCUCUGCUCCCAGUUACACCGUCAAAAGGCAGAAGGACCUUCACCUACAUGUCAACUGCAAAAUGAUCCAGAACACCUGGGUGCAAGCAGUGUACACUGCCAUUGACAACACCGACGUCAAAGAAACCCAGUAUGGCAGAUACGACGUGAACUUGGCGUUCUACAACUCCUCAUCUUUCCUGUGGCCGGUGCAGAGCUUCCCCUACUACAUUGACCUGAAUCAGAAUUUGUUCCUCCAAGCAUCUCUGCACAGCUCUGACCAAAAUCUGAUAGUGUUUGUGGACACCUGCGUGGCAUCACCGGAUCCUAGCGAUUUUAGAACAAAGACCUAUGAACUGAUCAGAAGGGGGUGUGUUGAGGACCCUACCUACUCUUCCCACCCCUCCCCGCGCAACAGCGUUGCUCGGUUUUCGUUCAACGCUUUUUCCUUCGCUAAGCAGUACCCAUCAGUUUACCUGCAGUGUAAGCUGGUGGUGUGCAGGUACAGAGACUACUCCUCCCGCUGCUAUCAGGGCUGUGUUAGAAGGCUCAAGAGGAACUCAGGUUCUUCCCAGAAACUGGUGAAUGUUGUUAUUGGACCUGUGCAGCUUCGGGAAGCUCACGCUGAGAACAGGAACACUGCGCCCUAUCUCCGGCUGGUGAACGGAAGGCACCGAUGCGAAGGCCGCCUGGAGAUCUACUACAGAGGACAGUGGGGGACGGUCUGUGACGAUUACUGGGACCUUGCCGAUGCCCAGGUUGUGUGCAGGCAGCUGGGCUGUGGCAAUGCCAUUGCAGCUAUGGGAAGCGCCUACUUCGGGCAAGGCUCCGGUUACAUCCUGCUGGACAACGUGAGGUGCGGUGGAAAUGAGGUGUCCCUGCUGCGCUGCAAUCACACUGGGUGGAGGAUACACAACUGUGCCCACUACGAAGAUGCUGGUGUUGUCUGUUCAGAGGAGGCUGAUGCAGCACCAACCACCUCCAUGGCAGCAGCAACUUCAAUACUGGAGGCAGAAUACGUGGAAACGGCGACAUCCAUGGAAACUACAACAUCCAUGGAAACUACAAUAUCCAUGGAAACUACAGCAUCCCCAGAAACUACAGCAUCCCCAGAAACUACAGCAUCCCCAGAAACAACGAUACCUCCAUCAGGGACAACAAUCUCAACAUCAACAGCCCUCCCAGAGACGAUGACAUCCCCAGGGGAGCCAACCACCAUGGUGCCAUCGACCAGCAGUGCAGAGCUGUCCUUCCUAGAGGUGGCCACCACAGUGCCAGUGACAACCCCAGAGACAACAACCAAACUACUGACGACCCCCACAGAAGAGACGUCCACUUCACCAGAGGUCACCACCACAGUGCCAGUGACAACCCCAGAGACAACAACAACUGAACUACUGACGACCCUCCCAGAAGAGAUGUCCCCUUCACCAGAGAUAACCAGCACAUUGACAUUGAGCUCCUCACCACUGAUGUUCACCCAACUUGAUACAACCACCACAGCAACAACGGCCACCAGAGCAGAGGAGAGCGCAGCAGAGACGUCCAGUGCACCAAAGACAAGCACCAUGCUCCUACCACCCUCCACAGCAGAGUUGUCCACCUCAGCAGAGGAGAUCUCCACAGUGAGAAUAACUACCACAGCAGAGGAGAGCACACCAGGUGCCAGCCUGCGCCUGUGGGGCGGCAGGAGCGGCUGCGAGGGCCGCGUGGAGCUGUACGAUGGCAGCACGUGGGGCACGGUGUGUGAUGACCAGUGGGACCUGCGGGAUGCCCAGGUGGUGUGUCGGCAGCUGGGCUGUGGGGAGGCCCUGGGGGCCCCACACACUGCCCACUUUGGCCCGGGCUCGGGGCGCAUCUUCCUGGACGACGUGCAGUGCCGUGGGGACGAGCCCUCCCUGCAGAUGUGCAGGCACAACGGCUGGGGAGUGCACAACUGUGGGCACGUGGAGGAUGCCAGCGUCAUCUGUGCAGCCACUCGUCCAACCCUUCCUGCACAAUGGCCAUUCACAACAGGUGCCAGCCUGCGCCUGUGGGGCGGCAGGAGCGGCUGCGAGGGCCGCGUGGAGCUGUACGACGGCAGCACGUGGGGCACGGUGUGUGAUGACCAGUGGGACCUGCGGGAUGCCCAGGUGGUGUGUCGGCAGCUGGGCUGUGGGGAGGCCCUGGGGGCCCCACACACUGCCCACUUUGGCCCGGGCUCGGGGCGCAUCUUCCUGGACGACGUGCAGUGCCGUGGGGACGAGCCCUCCCUGCAGAUGUGCAGGCACAACGGCUGGGGAGUGCACAACUGUGGGCACGUGGAGGAUGCCAGCGUCGUCUGUGCAGACACUCAUCCAACCCCUCCUGCACAAUGGCCAUUCACAACAGGUGCCAGCCUGCGCCUGUGGGGCGGCAGGAGCGGCUGCGAGGGCCGCGUGGAGCUGUACGACGGCAGCACGUGGGGCACGGUGUGUGAUGACCAGUGGGACCUGCGGGAUGCCCAGGUGGUGUGUCGGCAGCUGGGCUGUGGGGAGGCCCUGGGGGCCCCACACGCUGCCCACUUUGGCCCGGGCUCGGGGCGCAUCUUCCUGGACGACGUGCAGUGCCGUGGGGACGAGCCCUCCCUGCAGAUGUGCAGGCACAACGGCUGGGGAGUGCACAACUGUGGGCACGUGGAGGAUGCCAGUGUCGUCUGUGCAGCCAGCCGUCCAACCCCUCCUGCACAAUGGCCAUUCACAACAGGUUCCAGCCUGCGCCUGUGGGGCGGCAGGAGCGGCUGCGAGGGCCGCGUGGAGCUGUACGACGGCAGCACGUGGGGCACGGUGUGUGAUGACCAGUGGGACCUGCGGGAUGCCCAGGUGGUGUGUCGGCAGCUGGGCUGUGGGGAGGCCCUGGGGGCCCCACACACUGCCCACUUUGGCCCGGGCUCGGGGCGCAUCUUCCUGGACGACGUGCAGUGCCGUGGGGACGAGCCCUCCCUGCAGAUGUGCAGGCACAACGGCUGGGGAGUGCACAACUGUGGGCACGUGGAGGAUGCCAGCGUCGUCUGUGCAGCCACCCGUCCAACCCCUCCUGCACAAUGGCCAUUCACAACAGGUGCCAGCCUGCGCCUGUGGGGCGGCAGGAGCGGCUGCGAGGGCCGCGUGGAGCUGUACGACGGCAGCACGUGGGGCACGGUGUGUGAUGACCAGUGGGACCUGCGGGAUGCCCAGGUGGUGUGUCGGCAGCUGGGCUGUGGGGAGGCCCUGGGGGCCCCACACACUGCCCACUUUGGCCCGGGCUCGGGGCGCAUCUUCCUGGACGACGUGCAGUGCCGUGGGGACGAGCCCUCCCUGCAGAUGUGCAGGCACAACGGCUGGGGAGUGCACAACUGUGGGCACGUGGAGGAUGCCAGCGUCGUCUGUGCAGCUCCUGCAGCCACCACACCACCUCCAUCAGCACCUUAUUUUUGUGGUGGCUCAAUCUCAGAUUCCUCUGGGAUGGUGCAGAGUCCCUACUACCCUGGAAGUUAUCCAAACAACGCUGACUGCGAGUGGGAAAUACAAGUCGAGAGCAAUUUCCGUGUUACACUCACAUUUAGAGAUAUUGCGAUGCAAAGCAGCACAUGCCAGCACGACUACAUUGAAGUCUAUGACGGGCCUCGACGCUCUUCCCCGCUUCUUGGGAGAGUUUGUUCUGGUUCCUUCCCCACAUUCGUGUCCUCUUCAAACAUGAUGACCCUUCGCUUUCACAGUGAUUCUAGAGGCUCCUUCAGAGGCUUUCAGGCUCACUACUCCUCCAUCCCAGCAGAUCACAACACCACCCUUCAGUGCCUGCCAGACUACAUGCACGCAGUGGUGAGCAGGGACCACCUCCAGUCUCAGGGCUACUCAGCCCAGAUGGUCACCCUGAAUGACAAUCGCUGCAGGCCAACAAUCACCUCACAGGAGGUUGUGUUCAACAUUCCCUACGACGGCUGCGGGACGAUACGAGAGGAGAACAACGAUACAAUCAACUAUUCCAACACGAUCAGAGUUGCAUCUUCUGGGCACAUAAUCAAGAGGAAAAAGAAUAUCAACUUACAUAUCAGUUGCAAAAUGCUGCAGAAGACGUGGAUGCAAGUAAUGUACACUGCUGAGGACACUGUAGACCUGAAUGAAUAUCAGUUUGGAAGAUACGACAUGAACAUCACCUUUUAUGAUUCCUCAGCCUUCUCGCGGCAAGUGCGCAGCUCGCCCUACUUCAUCGACUUGAACCAAAAUUUGUACCUCCAGGCCUGUCUUCACAGCUCAGACCCGAACCUGAAGGUGUUUGUGGACACGUGUGUGGCAUCACCUGAUCCUCGGGACUUUAACACUCUGGCCUAUGACAUAGUCAGGAACGGGUGUCCCAGAGACCCUUCCUACGCCACGUUCCACUCCCCUUCCAGCCACUUUGCCCGGUUCAAAUUCAACGCCUUUGAGUUCAUCAGCCGCCACCCCUCGGUGUACCUGAAGUGUGAGCUGAUGGUCUGCAGGCUCGGGGACUACUCCUCCCACUGCUACCGGGGCUGCGCCGGCAGGGCCAAGAGAGACACGAGUCCUGCCGAGGAAAAAGUGGACGUGGUUGUGGGGCCGAUUCGGCGCCGAGAAGGGGCUGCUCAGAGUGGGAAUACCACUAAAGCCAGAUAAAUUCCUCUCACAUCUGCUCUGAGGUGACUUCAGGCCCCAAGAAAAGCCGUAGCUCUUGCGUUGCUGACACCUGUCACUCAAAUCUGCUUUUGCCAACUUCUCCGUGAAAAGGAAGCAAUCGACUCUUUGCAAGCCCCCUGUUCUUACCUGCAUAUUUAAAAUGUGUAACUGCUUUGGCUGUCCGAAAGGAGAGAUUGCCUGUAACCCAUUUUGGUGCUGUAACUCCUUGAAUUGAGCCAAUUAGUUCCAAUCUGCUGGUGUAAUGGCACCUGGGGACAUGGUUUGGUGAUGGACUUGUCUGUGCUGGUUUAAUGGUUGGACUCAAUGAUCUUAAAGGUCUUUCCUAACCUAAAUAAUCCAUGAUUCCAUGAUGGCCAGCUGGAAGCUAACACCCAGCCUCCCUGAGAAACAUUUCAUUCCCUCAGUUGUCUUCUGCUUAUGAAGCUGACUUUAAGUUGUCAUCCCUGCCAAUGUAAAGCCUGUCAGAAAAGUUGAAAGCAAUGAAUCUGUGAGAAGAUCACUUACCUCUGAUUUCAGCCUGGGAACCAUCCCUUUAAUACAGGAGGCUCUUUGUGCCCUGAUCUUUAAUAUUCUGAGAUCAAACUGCACCAACUUUCACUCGUAGGGCUGGGCUCCUCUGUGCCUCCUCCCCAGGCAGUCCCCACUGCUGCUGACAGCUCCUUCACACUGGCUGUUAGUGCUGUUGCCAUCCUGGCAGCUGCAGUUUUUUGUUCUUGAUGGUUUUAUUGCAAGAGCAGCACUGAAGAAACUGCUUUCACGUGGGACAGCAUCAGAUCCAAGGUCAGCACCACCCACCAAAUGACCACAAGCGUCACGUAUUCACCAGCCACCAAAAUGCCUCACUGCUGACAGUCACACACGUGCCAUUUGUAGGAAACCAUGAUAUCUUUACCUACAAUGAAUCCUGGCCUGCUACAGUGCUUUAGAACAGCUUUGUAAUCCUAACAUCUCUUAAAUAAUCAGUCUCAAAUAAUUUCAAUAGCCGUGCCACAAGCUGUUUGAUACAACCAUUUUAUCAUUUUUCUCCUCUUCAGUUCUCUUCUCACAUCAAUCUAAAACCAUUUAUCCAAUGCCUCAGAAUUUUGUGAGCUGGACUGAAAAUGUGAAUGAGGUACCAAUAAAUACUUCAAGGCUUAUUAAAAGGAAGGAAAAUUUAAUUUGGGGAGAAUGGGUCAUGUCUGGAAAGGAAAUGUAAAAACUGAUCUUACCACAGCAACUGGAAUUGUGGCUAUGCAAUAUUCUAAUUAAUUUGAGCAUUGCUUUUAAAGCUAAAAUUCUUGUUGAAAUAAUAAUGGGACUGUGCUUAUCUAAUGCAGAGAUUUCCAAGCUAAAAGUAAUCUGUUUUGUGAGCAGUGUAAUUUACAAUCAAAA